AUCUGUCCCGUGUCAGCCGCCAGCCAAGGCGCCGAGUUUGCCAAGUGCCCAGCCCGCUGCAAGCGGGCAGAUCGCGGGCGGUUCCGCGGCAGCCACGUUACGUUGGCAACACAAACCUGCAGGACCUUCCCCCCGGAGAGGGUGAUUGGGCGCUGCCGCGGGGGAGCGUCCCGGGGGGCGCGGACACAGGUGCCGCAGUACCGCGGGCGGCCUCUGGGGCAGUGCCCGGCCCCACCGUGGGGAGAUCCGACGCCGGUCCCGGUCCUAGUCCCAGUCCGUCGGUGCCUGCCCGUGGUCCCCGCCGCCCCGGGCAUGCUGCGACUGGCUUGCGUGCUACUGCUGCUGCUCGGCCGCGCCUCCCCGGCGGCAGGGCCGUGGGUCACUGGGCACAGGGGCAGCCUCUGUCCCUCGCUACGGUAGCCUUACGGUGCUGCAUUCUGCAAAGAGAGGUCGGCAAGGUAGAAGAAGAACCCGUUUCGGAUCAAAUGCCUUGCUCCGCCAGUGACUCACUGCGUGACCUUGGGUUAACAGCGGCUACGGCUCCUGAGCUUCAGUCUGGCCCUGCAGACUACAGGCUGGAAAUAACCAACAAUGGUCCCAUCACAUCAGGAGCUCAAGCUACCAUUCAUGCCAGCCUAAGGAUGGAGAAUGACAGUGACGCAUCAGAUUUGUUUCACUUCAACUGGAUUUAUGCUCCUCUGAUUCUGAUAGAGAAAUCUGAGCAGCAUUUUGACUCUGUAAUUAAUGUGACCAGUGAAUUUCCUGGGACUUACCCUGUAUCUGUCUGGGUCACUCACAGGAAGUGUUGGUUGUGUCGGCCGGUUGCUAGAGAGAGCACCAUGCUUCACAUUACAGAGUUUAUCACAGGGAAUCUUACCAUUGCCCAGCUAGAAGACAGUAGAUCUAUCACACGUGGUUCUAGCUCCAGCAUGGGCUCCGUCACUCGGAUUUCUUUCUGUCUUCAUGACCCAAGUAAUUACUUCAAGUCAGCAUCAUUUGUCUACAACUGGGAUUUUGGAAAUGGGGUUUAUCAGAUUACCAAGGAACCCUUUGUCUACGCUAACUGCUCGGCCCUGGGGAAUCGCACAGUGCACCUGAAGGUGGUGGCUGAAUGGGAGCAAGUUGGGAGCAGUGUGCAGGAGAGGGAAACGGUGCAGAAAACUGGGGAUUUCACCACUGCUCUGGACCUGCUAGAUGCUGUUAAGAGCAUUGAUGUAGUGGGCUCCAGAGAGACGCACGUCAUGGAGAAUCUGAGUCUGUCUCUUCAUAUCAAUGGCACCCCCCCGCUGGCGUUGUGCUGGCUCAUCAAGUCCGAGUGCAUUCCACUUGAAGGUGAGAAAUGCCAUCUGGUGGUGGUCAACGGCUCCUGCUACAACCUCAGCCAUACCUUCCGCGAUGCCGGACAGUACUGCCUCAGCGUCCGAGUGGAGAAGGGUGUGAUGAUGCUGCAGACCUACCACGAAAUCAAAGUGCGGCCAACAGGCAUCCACCCGACUUUGUUUGUCCUGCUCUGCAUCACUCUGGUCUCAGGGCUGCUAGGACUGGUGCUGUACGCCACCUGCCGAAGUAACACACAACAGAAGGAUCUCGUGGAGGUGGCUGACUUUGACUUCUCCCCGCUGUCUAACAGAGCCCUGUCGUCCCACCCGGGGUCAGGCUGUGGCCAGAUAUGCUGCAGAUCAUGUUUCCUUCAGUCAUCUCAAGAAGCUGCCAGGGAGAGCCAUGAACUUCUCUAUUCUUUUUACAAGCCACUCAAAACAUACACAGUGUGAAGAACACAACUGCACUUUGCUUACACUGACUGCCAAGGUUAACUGUCUCACUUCUGCUGGGGUACAAGCCUGGUGCUGCAGGAAAAGUUUGGGUCUGCAGUGCAAUGAGGUUAAGCACUUUAGCACUUGAGCAUUUCGUUCUCUGACCUAAAACCUAGCAGGGCCUGAAACACAGUCAGAGUAGCUCUGUGGUUUUUAAAUGUACAGGGGUGGACACACUUUGAGCUGCAAAGGCAGCAUUUUAUUCUUAUCAAAGAGUGUUAUAUGUGCAGGUUGGCUAAACUCACUACCUCCUGUAAUGCCUCCAUUCCUUCUGCUGUCUGUUUCAAAGAAGAAAAUGCUUAAGACCAAUAUACCUCCUUUUCCUAAGUUCCAACAAUAUGAAUGGAAAUGGAAGUCACCCAAAA